AUUCGAUCACUUUCGUUUCUCUAAGAAAACAUAUAAAACCACCUGUUUGGCCAUUGUUCGUCAGUAAGCUUGUUUUAUUCAAACAGUUGUUAUCGGUGCUACGUUAAAAUCAUGAAAGGUGUUUGUGCACUAGUUUUGCUCGCCACGUUUGCUGUGGCUGUACAGGCGGUGGACUUUCCGAUCACCUGCCCGGAAGUGGACGAUAUCUUCCAUCCGGUUCACAUCCCGCACUUCACCGACUGUACCAAGUUUUACAAGUGUUUCGAUGGGAAGAAGUACGAGAUGGAUUGUCCCGGCGGUUUGCAUUGGAAUAUCGAGAAAGAUUACUGUGAUUACCCUGAGCUGGCUAACUGCGAACGACCCAUCGAGAUCGAUCCUUAAAGUGGGGUUUAAUUGAUCAAUAAAUUAUAAGGUUAUUUUAAAAUGUGA